AUGUCUCGAAACAAUUCUUCUCGUUCAUCUUCACGAACGAAUAAUCAAGAAACGACACCUACUAAAAGUAUAGAUCCUUCUGUUACUCCAGUUAAUAUAACGACAAAUAAGACAUCAACCAAACAUAAAUCUGUAUCUCCGAAACGUCAUGCGGCAAAAUCCCGUACUCGUUCUAAAUCACCUGUAAAAAUUAGACCAUCGUACAAACCAUCACCUCAUCAACUGUCACCCGAUCGAUUAUAUCAACGUGAAUGGAAACAAAUAAGACGCAAACUAGAAAAAAAACAGGAAGAAGAACGAGUUAACAAAGAAAAUGAAUUUAAAUUCCAUCGUUUAAAUAAAAUUUCACAAGAACCAAGUGCUUAUCCAUCAUUAUUCCCCCAACAAGAAAAAUUACGUGAACGACGAGCACUGGAUUAUCAACAAAGAGUAUUGAAAGGAUUGAUUCCUGUGAUUCGUGAAAAUUUGUUUGUUGCUCAACGGUUAGCAAAUGUCCGAGGCGAGUAUGAUGUUAAGAAAAUGGAGCAAGAUUAUGCUAAACAUAAAAGUUUAUUAAUGAAAAAUAAGACGAUUAAACCAAAAAAAUGA